AACGGGGAUAAGGGAACCGCCCUUCCCCUGUUUCGUCUCUCCCCGUUUCUUGACGCGUUCGAUCCGUCGCCGCUUUGCUGACUUUACAUUCGAGUUGCCGGAGAAGAAAGGGCAGGAAAGAAAGGAAGAGAAAAAGAAGAGGACGAUUGCUCUGCGAGCGGCAGCCAUUCCCUUCCUUUAUUCUCUGUUUGAGCACAUCCGGGGAGCUGCUUCGGUGGUGCUCAUGGACGUCAAUGGUCUGCGGAAAACAGCAAAAAGAGACUUCGUAUCUCGAGAAGAUGGUGUUGCAAAAUCAUUAAAUGAUUUUGGUGAUUUUGAUCCAUGGACAGCUUGGGCAUACAAGCCUCACACAAUCUCUUUACUCCUCAUUGGUACAUGCCUGUUAGUUUGGGCAAGUGGUGUAGUUGAUCCUGAAAGUACAGCAUCUAAUGAUGUCGUUACAUCAGUAAAGAGAGGUGUCUGGGCAGUGAUUGCAGUCUACCUAGCCUAUUCCUUGCUGCAAGCACCAUCAACGGUACUUAUAAGGCCACAUCCUGCCAUUUGGCGCAUGGUCCAUGGAAUGGCUGUCGUGUAUCUUGUCGCCCUCACUUUUUUGCUUUUUCAGAAUCGUGAUGAUGCUCGGGAAUUUAUGAAAUUUCUCCAUUCGGACCUAGGAGUUGAACUACCUGAAAGGUCGUAUGGCACUGAUUGCCGUAUUUAUGUACCUGAGAAUCCUGAAAGCAGGUUUAACAACGUUUAUGAUACAUUAUUUGAUGAAUUUGUUCCUGCUCAUAUUUUUGGGUGGUGGGGAAAGGCUAUAAUGAUACGUAACCAGCCCCUUUUGUGGGUGUUGUCAAUUGGCUUUGAAACAAUGGAGCUUACCUUUCGCCAUAUGUUGCCAAAUUUUAAUGAGUGCUGGUGGGACAGUAUUAUUUUGGACAUCAUUAUCUGCAAUUGGUUUGGUAUCUGGGCAGGAAUGCGUACUGUAAGGUACUUUGAUGGAAAAACCUAUGAGUGGGUUGGCAUAAGUCGGCAGCCAAAUAUAAUUGGUAAGGUCAAAAGAACAUUGGGCCAGUUUACACCUGCACGAUGGGACAAAGAUGAAUGGCAUCCGCUGCUUGGACCAUGGAGGUUCAUUCAAGUGCUGUUCCUUUGUGUUGUUUUUAUGACUGUGGAGCUGAACACCUUUUUUCUCAAGUUUUGUCUUUGGAUUCCACCUAGAAACCCCUUGAUUGUUUAUAGAUUGGUCCUCUGGUGGCUAAUCGCUAUUCCUACUAUUCGCGAGUACAAUACCUACUUGCAAGACAGGAAGCCUGUGAAGAAGCUCGGAGCAUUCUGUUGGCUUUCACUGGCAAUAUGCAUAGUGGAACUUCUAAUCUGUGUUAAAUUUGGCCAUGGUCUCUUUCCCAAUCCAAUGCCUCCAUGGUUGAUAACAUUUUGGACAGCCGUAGGCAUAGCUAUCGUAAUUUUCCUUCUCGCAUGGUCUUUUCAGAUUCAUCGAACGGUGAUGAUGAAGAAGUUAUGACCAUUAUUUUGGAUCGUCUUCUAUGCCUCUGUGAAUAUGUCUCGCAUUUGUAUGAUUGUUGCUUCGACUGGAAACCAGUCUGGCAAUCCGUGGAUAUUUCUUUAAUUUGUUUUCGUCGUAUGAUUUGCGGCAAUUAUGUUCUUCCCGCCCAUUUUCUUUAUGCUGUCGUAGGAAAAGUUAAUACUUAUGAAAACGAUUUCGGAUCAGAUGUCUGAACUAUUCAUCAUGCUAGUAUAUGACCCUUCAAUCGUUGCUUGUA